ACUGCCAUUGAGACUUGGUCAGGUAGUGUCCUGAGGCAACAGUAGGAGUGUGGAAGCUGCUGCAAUCGCACGGCAACAGCUCUGUCUGCACUACUAAAGCAGCUGCAUUGUCACUACACAGCCACUAACCUCUGGGAACGGUGAGAAGAAACAACGAUGUCUGCUGAGCCUGUUCCAGCCCAGGACAAGAAGCCGUGUCCCAAGAGCUCCUUAAUGCGCUGCCCCUUGUCAAAUGCCCAAAGGGAAGACUUUGCUAAGAUGAUGAAGGAAUGCAAAGAGGAGAGUUUCUGGUACAGAGCUCUUCCUAUAUCACUUGGAAGCAUGCUCGUCACCCAGGGACUGAUUUAUAAAGGAUACCUCUCCCGAAACAAAAGAUUUGGAUCCCUACCUAAAGUAGCAUUGGCUGGAGUGCUGGGAUAUAUGAUUGGGAAAAUCUCCUACUCUAGAACUUUCCAGAAGAAGUUUGAGGAAUCUGGAAUGCAGCCCUUGUUUGAUGCUGGGUUUGUUCCUCCAUUUGCUCAGAAAAACGGCUGCCAACAUACCUGUGAGGAAUGCAAAGCCAAAUCCACCGCUGAUCAAAGUCAAACUAUCCAGACCUCUGCCCCCGGAACUUCUUGAGGAUUCGCAUGAAAGAAACGCUCCUCAGGAGGAAAAAAGAAGAGAGAGGAAUAUAUUUUUGGUUGUGAUAAACUGUUUUUUCUGGGAUGCUUGAAGAUUUUUAAAAACUGCAAUGAAUUAAAAUUUAUACAAAAAUCUA